AUGGUUCUAGAUUUAUUGGGUAUGGAUUAUAGUUACUUCAAGCCGUCAGAUAUGGAUGCAAGACAUGUCAAGCCGCCGGAUAUUCUGUCUUCCUCGUCAAACCCUAAUAAGGGUUUUGCUACUAGAUUACUGAACAUUGACGGCAAAACAUUCUGUCCGCGUAGGGGUGUUGUGUCUGAUCAACAACAGGGACCGAAGGUAGUUAAUGUCAUAGAUGAACUUACCAAAAUCACAGUUCCAGUCAAUCUUAAUGCCGAUGAUCAUGAUGUCGUUAAGCCUAAUGCUGUGCAUGAUGAGGUUUUCUGGGAAGCUAGUAAGGAGGAGAAAACAGUCUCGUAUGCUGAAAAGGUGCAGUCCACUCGUAAGAAAAGGGAGGUAAAUUUCAGACUCUUGGAACCUAAGGAAACGAGAGAUGAUGCUGAUAUUGUUAUACCGAAAGAGGUUGUGCAGCAGGUUCAAGACAAAUUCGAUAAUGUCCUCUAUGGUUUCUUUUUCUUCAAGUUUGACUCGAAGGAAGGAUUGACUAAGGUGUUGGAAGGAGGACCAUGGUUAAUACGAAAGGUCCCGUUAUUUCUGAACAUAUGGUCUCCGAAGGUUACACUCAAGAAAGAUAGUAUCAAAACCGUUCCAAUAUGGGUUAAGUUGCACAAUGUGCCGAUUUCAGUUUAUACGGAUGACGGAUUGAGCUUGUUGGCUUCGAAGCUAGGGGUUCCUAAAAGGUUAGAUUCCUAUACAGCUGAUAUGUGUGUUGAAAACUGGGGAAGGAGUAGUUAUGCUCGUGCGAUGAUUGUGUUAAAUGCUGAUAACGAGCUGAAGGAUCACAUUACUGUAGCUAUCCCUAAAAUGGAUGAGGAUGGGUUCAUUUUGGAACGGGUUAAAGUUGAAUAUGAGUGGAGGCCGUUACGCUGUAGUACAUGCUGUUUGUUUGGUCAUGAUGACAAUACGUGUAGCAAGAAACCUAAUGGUAAGGCUAAGAUGGUUACUGUUGAUGAGGAGGGUUUUGUUACUGAUAAAAGGAAGAUGGCGAGUACGUCUGGAACGAAGGGGGAUAAUUCGGCGGCUGUGCAGUUGUCAAACUCCUUUGCGGUGCUUGAUAAUGAUAAGAAUAAUGAGAAAAGGGAUCCGACUAGUGCCAAGUCGAUGAUUGAUGAAAAUCAUGGUACCCGUAUACAACAACAUGAUGAAGUUAAGGAGUUGAAUCCGACAGAGAUGGCUGAUUUUAUGAGUGAGUCUCAUGUGGCUGUUAAUAAGCUGAAUAAGAUAUGUGAGAAGAUUUUUCGGAAUUGGAAGUGGACAUCGAACGGAGGUAUGUGUCAUAGAGGUACGAGGGUGAUAUUGGGGUGGAAUGCGGAUGAUAUUGAUCUUAUGGUUAUAUCCCAAUCAGACCAGGUUAUUCAUGCUCAGGUAUUGUUAAAAUCGGUCAAAAAGAAGAUAUUUUGUUCUUUUGUGUAUGCGGAAAACAAAUAUCAGGAUAGGAGAAGCUUGUGGGCUGAUUUGUGUAACUUUAAAGGCCUCACUCAUGAUACCCCUUGGGUUGUAAUGGGUGAUUUCAAUGCCGCUUUGAAUAUGGAGGAUUUUACUAUGGGGUCGUCCUCCCACACAAUAGCUAUGCGAGAAUUCUAUGAUUGUGUUCAAGAGGCAGAAUUGAUCGAUGUUAAGAGUCAUGGGUUGCAUUAUACUUGGAAUCAAAAACCAAAGGAUGGGGUAGGAAUGCUAAAGAAGAUUGACCGUAUUAUGGGUAACAUCAAACUCUUAGAUGUUUUCUCGGAUGCUUAUGCUAUGUUUCAGCCUUUCCGUGUUUCGGAUCAUGCUCCUGCUAUCUUGAAAUUAUUUUCUAUGUCUACGGACCGGCCUAAACCUUUUAAAUUCCCAAACUUUAUUAUGACAAAGCCUGAGUUCCGUCAAGCUGUGAUGUCCGAAUGGACUAAAACCGUGGAGGGUGCUACCAUGUUUUCUGUGGUUAAGAAAAUGAAGGGUCUGAAAUCACAUUUUAGGAGGAUAUUGCUUAAUCAAGGUAAUCUCCAUAAAAGAGUUACUGACUUACGGAAUGAGCUGGACCAGAUUCAAAAACAGGUGGAAGCUCAUCCUUUUGAUGCUGCUAUUCGGUCAUCUGAGACUAUCUGUUUGCGAGACUUCAAGUCAGCGGUUUAUGAUGAGGAGUGUUUCUUGAAAAAAAAAUCUAAAGUGCAAUGGUUAUGUGCGGGUGAUUCAAAUACAUCCUACUUUCAUAAUAGUGUGAAAAGUAGGAAUGCUAGAAAUAAAAUCAAUUGCCUUAAGGAUACGAAUGGGAACCAGUAUGAGGGAGUUGAUGUCGCGGCUGCUUUGCUAAACCAUUAUUCAGCUUUCAUGGGCACCGAAGAUAAAGUGGCUAGGUUGGAUGAUGCAGAUUUAUUUGUUAAUGUUUUGCAGCAGAAUGUGGCGGAGACUAUGGUGAGACAGGUUACCGAUGAUGAAGUUAAACAGGCUAUGUUCAGUAUAAGUGAGAAUAAGGCUCCAGGUCCGGACGGAUACACUUCAGCGUUUUUUAAAAAUGCCUGGGAUGUUGUGGGCGGUGAAGUUACAAAGGCGGUGUGUGAUUUCUUUAAUAACGGGCAAAUUCUUAAGCAGAUUAACCAUACGAUUUUAGCGUUGGUGCCAAAGAUGGAUACUCCAAAUACAGUUCUUGACUACAGGCCAAUAUCAUGUUGUAAUGUGAUAUAUAAGUGUAUCAGCAAAAUAAUCACUAAUCGUGUGAAGGGGUGUUUGGGGACUCUAGUGAACAUUAACCAGUCGGCGUUUGUUCCUGGUAGAAAGAUAUCUGAUAAUAUUCUUAUUACGCAGGAGCUUAUGCAUAAUUAUCAUGUGGAUCGUGGUCCUCCGAGGUGUGCUUUGAAGAUUGACAUCCAGAAAGCUUAUGAUACUGUAAGCUGGUCUUUUUUAGAAGCUAUUUUAGUCCGGUUUGGUUUUCACCGGAAAAUGGUUGCUUGGAUUAUGGCGUGUGUCACAACGGUAUCCUACUUGGUUAGCGUAAAUGGCGAGUUGCAUGGUUACUUUUUAGGGAAACGGGGUCUUCGUCAAGGAGAUCCAAUGUCCCCGUACCUAUUCACGUUGAUUAUGGAGGUGUUAUCUCUCAUGUUACAAAAGAUGGCGUUAAACCCUGCUUUCAAGUUCCAUAGUCACUGUUCUAAACAAAAGAUUAUCAACGUAUCAUUUGCUGAUGACUUAUUUGUUUUUGUUAAUGGAGAUACUGGAUCGGUUAAGCUUGUUCGGAACGUUUUGGAGAAGUUCACUAGUGUUUCGGGCCUGGUCCCUAGCUUGCCCAAGAGUACGGUUUUUUUCUGCAAUGUUCCAAGCCAAGUAAAAGCUGAAAUCCUGAGCUUGUUGCCGUUUCGUGAGGGUGAACUUCCGGUUCGCUACCUCGGGGUUCCCUUAAUCUCUACUAAGUUAUCUUUUAGAGAUUGCCGGGUUCUGGUGGAACGUAUGGAGAGGAAGGUUGAUAAUUGGAUGUCUAAAUUGUUAUCGUUUGCAGGUCGAUUGCAGCUCCUUAACUCUGUUCUUGCAGCAAUGUAUACGUAUUGGGCCUCGGUUUUUAUUUUGCCAAUGCGUAUAGUCAAGGAUCUGGAAAAGAGAAUGCGAAGGUUUCUUUGGAACGGGGGGGCUCCUGGGAGUAUUCGGUCUAAAGUCGCGUGGAAGGACGUUUGUUUGCCUAAGGAUGAGGGGGGUCUUGGAAUCCGAAAUAUCUCAGAUGUGAACAAAGCACUUAUGAUGUCGCAUAUUUGGAGCAUUAUUACCAACCGGGAAUCCUUGUGGGUCAAAUGGAUCCAUUCUUACAAGAUAAAAGGCAGAAAUUUUUGGAAGAUUCAAAGUCGUGGGGUUUUGACUUGGAGUUGGCGAAAGAUUUUAUCUAUUCGUCUGUUGGUCAGACCUUAUGUUUGGAAGUUAAUUGGGAGUGGUUCCCAAACAAACGCGUGGAGUGAUAAUUGGUGCUCGUGCAGUCCGAUCGGAAACUUUAUUACACCAAGCAGAAUUGCCCAAGCGGGUUUUAAUUUGCAAACUACUGUUGCAGAGCUUGUAGACGCUAAUGGCAACUGGCGGUGGCCUCAGGCAUGGUAUGACUUAUUCCCAGUACUCAUAAAUGUCAUGGCUCCUUCUCUUGUUCCUGAUUCGGUUGACAGACUGGGAUGGAGAGAGGUGGGAGGGAAAAUUGUGCAUUUUAGCUCUUUGGAAGCUUGGAAUAAUCUUCGGGUAAGGGAUAACAAGGUGGCUUGGGUGAAUAUGGUGUGGUAUGGCCAGUGCAUUCCAAGACAUUCUUUUCAUCUUUGGUUAGUUCUAAAGAAUAAGCUGAAGACACAAGAUAGAUUGGCAGUUUGGGAAGCGGGGAGUGAAACAAAUCUACGUCUUAUGUGCUGUCCUCUUUGUAACUAUGGACGAGACUCAAGAGAUCAUUUAUGUGACAACUCAUAUUUUCCGAACCUAUCUUUGUACCUUGAUGUGUCGAAUGUAAACAUUAUGUGA